CCCGGGGGCGGGGUCUCGCCUUCCCGCCGAGCUUCCACCGCGGAGCGGCCGGAGGGACCGGGACCGGGGCCGGGAUCCGGGGCCGGAGCGGCCGGGCGGGCGGGAUGCGGCCCGGGGGCCGGUGCUGGCUGCUGGCCUGGGCGCUGCUGGCCGCGGGCGCGGGGCGCACGAAGGAGGCGCUGGGGGCGCCGCUGGAAGUUCUGCGGUGCAGAGCUCUGCAGGAGAUGGACGUCAUUCAAACCUCCACGUCGCACUGUUACUGCUACCGUCAGCACCCCCAGCUCGAGUGGGAGUACCUGUGGUCCACCGUCAAGGUGGAGGUCGCCGGGGCCGAGCCGCUGCGCCUGGCGUACAUCACGGACCCCCCCUGCUGCCGGGACCCGGACACCCCGCUGGCCGCCGUCUGGUGCGCGCUCCACGCGCCCCGGAUCCCGCCCGAGGCCCCGGAGGCGGCCGUGCACGUCCGCCCGCACCAGGGCACCGUGUGCUUCUCCGUGCGGCCUGCCGGCCCGCACUCCGUGCGCGUGGGGAGCCGCGCCCUGGACCUCGGGCUCAUCCUCCGGUUCGCGGCCGGCCUCGCCCUCCUGCGCUCCGCGGUGCGCCUGAGCCGAAGCCCUGCCUUCUACUACUCCGCGGGGACCGCGCUGGGCGUCCUGAUGACUCCGGUCUUCCUGCUGCUGCUGGCGCGGAGGGCCAUCCCCAAGUGCAGCACCUUCGGGGCGCUCCUGGUUGUUGGCUGGCUUGCCUCCGUGUAUGCGGUGUGCCUGGGGGUGGAGCACCUGCCGUGGCUGUGGGGUGAGCACAGGAUGUGUGUCGUAGGCUACGUGCUGGCCGUCGGGGCCCUCAGCUUUGCCGCCUGUUACAGACGCGGGCGCCUGGCCAUGGAGAGGGGCCAGCGCCUCCUGGCUUGGGCGCUGCGGCUGCUGGCCCUGGCGCUGACCCUCUGCGGCGCCCCCGCGCCCCAGGCUGUCUGGGCGGCCGCGGGCCUCGAGCUGCUGCCCCGCGCGCUGCGCUGCCUGGCGGGGGCGCUCAGGAGGGUGCGGAGGUGGCUGCCGCCCCGGGGGCCGGCGUUCCGGUACCUGAGCGAGGAGGAGUUCCGGGAGCAGGCCGCCGCCGAGACCGCCCGCGCGCUGGAGGAGCUGCGCCAGGCGUGCCGCCGGCCCGGCUUCCCGUCCUGGCAGGCCGUGGCCAGGCUCCGGGCGCCCGGAAAGUUUGCAGACUUCGUCCUCGGGGGGAGUCACUUGUCGCCGGAGGAAACGCGUCUGCAUGAAGAGCAGUACAGCCUGGGGGACUCUUCCCUGGAGGAGCAGCCGCCGGAGUGCCCUGCCCCUGGCCCUGCCCCGGACCCUGGCCCUGGCCCUGCCCCAGCCCCGGCCCCACCCCCUUCCUCUGCCCUGGCCCUGUCCCUGCCCCCACUCCCUGCCCCUGCCCCUGUGCCCGCCCCUGCGUGUCACUCAGGACCAGGGCGUGGUCAGUAGCCCAGGG